CUGCCGCCUCUGUAUGUCCUGGACCACAUCCCUGUGACGUCUGAAGACAUUCCAUCCGAAGAAGAUGUGAGUAAAUGGAAAUACCUGCAAGAUGCUGGAGUAUUUCUGGAGACACUAUCAGGUGACCAAGAGAUUGGCCUCCUGAUAGGAGGUAACGCGGCCAGUGUGAUGGAGCCUGUGGAAGUGUGUCCGAGCCGAGAUGGUGGUCCCUAUGCUGUGAGAACGAGGUAUGGUUGGGUGCUGAGUGGUGUCGGGAAGUUCACCAAGUCAGUCAGCAUCAACCGCAUCAAGAUCGUGGACGCACUGGGCCCAGAAGAGCUGUUCGAGGACCGAGCCGACACAAGAAGAGGUCUGUCGGUUGAAGAUGUAAGAUGGUGCACACAGAUGGAGACAGGCUGCAGACGAAGAGAAGGGAGAUACGAGAUCAAGCUGCCCUUCAGGGAGAGCAAGCCGCUUCUUGACAACAACCGUCAAGUUGCUCUCAAGAGGCUCAAUCUUCUGAAGAGGGCCUUUGAGAAGGACCCGAAGUACGCUGAAGAGUACAAGGCUGUGAUGGCAGACCUGCUGGAGAAGGGGUAUGCGGAAGAGGCCCCAGACAACGAUAAACCAGCAUGCAAGUGGUACAUCCCGCACUUCGGAGUUCGGCAUCCGCAGAAAGAGAAGGUUCGGGUUGUGUUUGACUGCGCGAGCAAGUUCAACGGCGUGUCUCUCAAUGACACUCUCUUGCAGGGACCUGACCUGACUAACCCACUGAUUGACGUGCUCAUCCGUUUCCGUGAACAGCCGUACGCCUUCACGGGGGACAUCGAGGCCAUGUUCAUGCAGGUGUUGGUCCCCGAACAUCAACGAGACUACCUGCGGUUCCUGUGGUGGCCACGAGGAGAUGUCACCUGCACGCCCAGGGAAUAUCGCAAUACAAGACAUCUCUUCGGUGCUACGUCUUCACCGAGCUGCGCCAACCUGGCGCUGCACAGGACAGCUGAGGAGUUCGGUCAGAAGAUGGAGGAGGCCAGAGACACCGUGAGACGGAACUUCUAUGUGGAUGACGUCCUGAAGUCUGUGGGAAGCGAAGGAGCCGCGGUCAAACUGGUCGGAGACCUCAAGGCGCUCUGCGCCGAGGGCGGCUUCAAGCUUACCAAGAUCAGCAGUAACAGUGUCGGAGUCCUGAGAUCUGUGCCCAGAGAAGAGAGGACAAAGAAAGUGAAAGAGCUCACGCCGGGGACAGACGCUCUUCCAGUGGAACGCGCCCUGGGAGUACUGUGGGACACUAACUCCGACAUGUUCAGCUUCCAGGUAGACGUCAGCAAGUUGACGAAGAAGCCGAAGACGAAGAGGGGGAUGUUGUCGGCUACGGCGUCCUGCUACGACCCGCUGGGACUGGUGACUCCAUGCAUCGUGAGAGCGAGGAUCUUGCUCCAAGACCUGUUUCGGCUGAAAGUGGGCUGGGAUGAGGAAGUGCCCAAAGCUACGAGAGAAUCCUGGGAGCGAUGGCUGCGAGACCUGCCGCAGUUGUCUCACUGUUUCUUCCCCAGGUGCGUUACGGCGGGAAGACUGGACGGGACGGUGGAGCUGCACCACUUCGCGGACGCGAGCGAGAGAGCCUAUGGCGCCGUCUCCUAUCUGCGUACCGUGACGCCGGAAGGACGCGCUCACUGCGCUCUGCUCGCCAGCAAAGCUCGACUGGCCCCCGUGAAAGCGCUCACGAUCCCCCGACUCGAGUUGGCUGCUGCCAAGCUGGCGGUUGAGGCAGGACAAGAGCUGGUCCGCGCACUGGACACCCGAGUUGAACAGAACUACUGGACUGACAGUACGACAGUACUGAAGUACAUCCGCAACACCAGGACACGGUUUCAUGUAUUCGUUUCGAAUCGGCUCGCGGCUAUUCAUGACGGGUCGAGCGUCGAACAGUGGAGGUUUGUGCCCACAGGUCAGAACCCGGCGGAUCUGGUCUCCCGGGGAGUGGACGCCCAAACGCUGAUGGGCAGUAGCCUCUGGAGAGCCGGUCCUCAGUUCCUGAAGGGGCCGCCGGAGACGUGGCCGAGCGACCCAGAAGCUGGAGAAGGAGUCUCCGAGCACGAUCCGGAGGUGAAGACAUCUACAUGCCUGAGCAGCGUCGAGGGCAAUGCCGACGCCGUCAGGCCGAUGAAGAGGCUAGUCAACCACUACUCGACUUGGAGACGGCUGACCAGGGCGGUGGCAUGGAUCCGCCGUGUGUUGCGGAUGCUGAGGGACAAGAAACGUGGCGGCAUCAUGUCGUCGCCGGCCGAGCUCAGCGUACAGGAGAUUGCAGACGCUGAGAAACUCAUCAUCUUGUCGGAGCAGGAAGCGAGCUUCCCGCAGGAGAUGAAGGACCUGAGAGCGGGCAAGGAAGUACGUCUGUCGAGCCCGCUCGCACGCCUGGAUCCCGGCCUCCAGGAUGGCGUGCUGAGAGCUCGGGGUCGCCUGAGGAACUCCGCGCUGUGCGAGACUGCCAAGUGCCCAGCGAUCCUUCCGAAGAAGGGGCGCGUCAUUGAUAUGCUGAUCGAGGACUUUCAUCGCAGAGCCGGCCACGAAGGAAGACAGCACGUCAUGGCUGACAUCAGUAGGUCUUACUGGGUGCUGGGAGCUAACUCGGCCGUCAGGCGCGUGUUGAGCCGCUGCCUGAGCUGCCGCCGAAGGCAGAGACCGCCGGAGACUCAAAAGAUGGCCGACCUUCCGGAGGAUCGGGUUCGUGAAGGCGAGAAACCGUUCACCAGGACCGGUGUCGACUUUUUCGGCAACUUCUACGUCAAGAGGGGCAGGUCUCACGUCAAGAAGUAUGGCGUAAUCUUCACGUGCCUCGCAACGCGAGCGGUGCACAUAGAGGUGGCGGAAAGCUUGUCAACUGACUCGUUCCUGUGCGCACUGCGCAGGUUUGUCGCUCGCCGAGGCGACGUACGCACCUUGCGCUCUGACCGCGGUACAAAUUUCACGGGCGCAGACCGAGAGCUCCGAAACGAAGUCGACAAGCUGCAGAACGACAACAACCGGAUCCAGAAAGUUGCCCUGGACAUGAAGAUCGACUGGAGGUUUAACCCGCCGCACGCAUCGCACUUCGGCGGAGCCUGGGAAAGGCAGAUUCGCACUAUCCGCAAGAUCCUGAACGCCAUCCUGACCGAACAAUCCAUGACAGACGAGACGCUUCACACACUCCUGUGUGAGGUCGAAUGUAUAAUUAACAACCGGCCUCUGACGCCGGUCAGUGCUGACCCCAGAGACGAGACUCCGCUCACACCUAACCACAUCCUGCACCUCAAGUGUGUAACGCUUCCCAGCAGCAGCGCUACUACAGACUGCGACCUAGUCGGUCGCCGCCAAUGGAGACGAGCCGCCUACUUGGCGGAGCAAUUCUGGCGCCGUUGGCGCAGGGAGUACCUGCCGUUGCUGCAGACGAGAGCAGGACGAUCUACAAGAAGCACGACGAACAUGAAGCCAGGGGACAUCGUGCUCAUGGUGGACGACGCCGUUCCUCGCGGAACCUGGCCGCUCGGACGCGUAGAGGCGGCGCCGGCGGCCGCGGACGGACGAGUUCGCACCGUGUGGGUCCGCGUCCGCGGCACGACUUAUGCGCGACCCAUCACCAAGGUGGUGAAGAUUAUCGGCGCUACCGAGGCCGAGUGAAGAAGGAAAGUUUAAGUUUGUUUUGACGGCGAAGUCAAAAAGGGGCGGGUGUUAGUGCGCCUGUGAGCCGCGCGCCUGUGUGCGCGUGACGGAGGAGUCAUGCGUCUGCAGCGACACCUGCGCCUUACGGUCUGCGCGGUGCGGAGGAGUUUCCCAGACAGCCGCGAGAUGGAGCAGCCUGCCCCUUCCUGAGCCGUUCCCGUCCCCCCACGCUGGCUUCGCGCGGUAGCUUUAUUGGCCGUGUCUCAGACGGCGCGAACAGCUGAUCGAUACUUUUGCCCAUCUCUGUCGCGGGCGGUACUUGUUCGUUGCGUACGAUAUAUGUGUUAUCUUUUUGUGUUGUGUUUCGCGGGAUGAGUUUAUACGGGGAUAUUUUUCUGUUAUUCCGCAUGUUAUUUGUUUUACGGAUGAGUAUGGCAUGUUCAUGUGUUAAUGUUUAUGUCCGCGUGUCUGCAGUACUUGCGGGUUCCCGUGACUGGCGGGCUCUAAGUCAGCCGCCAUACUCAGUCUUUUUCAUGGUGUACUCCGUCGAGAAUGGAGGCAUAGCGCCUGAGUGGACGAAAUCGUUGAAACCGCUAGAUGCAUCGUUAUUAUACCAUGCCUACCUGCGCUAGUGCCAGUUUGAGUUGCCACGCUGCUUCAUAUGCUGCACCUACGCAUCAGUAUUCGCUAGUCGACCGCAUCGUGACGAAUACAAGCAACGCUCUGGCUACGGUGUUCUGCGCGUAACAACGCUCGU